GACAUUGCAAGGCGGCGGACCAGUUCAGCACGGCGCAUAUGUAACUGCUGGAAAGGUCGAUUUGUCCUUUAAAAAAAAAAAAAAAAAAAAAAAAAAAUUUAAAGAAAGGUAAUUUAUAAAGUAAAAUCGUUCAGGUGUGGUGUGAAAUGGCCGAAGAUGAAGAGAAGAGCAACAAAAAGGGUUUCCGCCUGCUUUGGAUUCUGGACGUGCAGAAGACGCCGUGUGCCCGAGAAGCGGUCCUGCACGGAGCCGGAGGUUCUGUUGUUGCCGGACUGGCGCACUUUUUGGCCACGAGUCGCGUCAGGAGGUCCUUUGAUGUCGGCAUGGCGGGCUUCCUGUUGACCACCUUGGCUUCCUGGUCUUACUGUCGUGCGAACAACGCCAAGAUGCGCGUGCAGCAGAGGAUGAUCCAGGACGGCAUAAAAAACAAGGUGGUCUACGAGGGAACCAGUCUGGACCCUGCAGUCAGAACCAGAACAGAAGCGUCACCGGGCCCCUCGUGACCCCUCAGAGACUCCUCCUCAACUCCAAGCGGCUGAUGUUUGUUGUUGUUGCCAUGACAACCGCUUGCACCUGCACAGAAACACUGCUGCAUGAGUGCCCAUACAGGAAGUGUAAUAAAUAUAAUCAUAAAUGUCU